UCUUCCGGUGUAAAUAAACAUGGAAGGAAGGUGUGAGGUGGAGACGCUGGCAGAGUUUGGUUAUUUAUCACAGUCGUGUAUUCUGAAAGCAGGGUCCUUAUUACGGAAUAAUGUGUUUCUCAGUACCGGACACGACGAAGUGUAUGUCUUUAACUCCCAGGACAGAAAUCUCAAGGCAAUCGUCCACUUUCCGGCUCCUGUAAGUGACUUGACUGUGGAUGAUGACAAGCAGAUCCUCUAUGUGGCCUGCUGGAAGGGAGUGUAUGGUGUCUGUUUAUCACCUUUGCUGUGCAGGGUUCAAAGCUCUGAAGCAUCCUCAUGUCCAUCUCAUGUUAAAGUAUCUGGUGAGCAUUUCGUUAUCAGAGAGGAAGGAGUAUCAGCCCUACUUUUGGUCAACUCUGCGCUCUUGAACGUUACCCGGAAAGACCCAUCCUGGCAGUUGACACUGUACAAAAUAUCAGAGGAGUCAAUAUUCAGCAGCUAUGAGAUGUUUGCAUCAUUCAAAGUUCCUGUGGUAUUUAAUACGGUACAUCACAGCACAGAAGAGUGCAGACGCCCAUUUUUGCUUUGUGUCCACUCUGCUAACACCGCUGCACCAUCAAGUGGUCUAUCGAGCGGUCACGUCUACCUUGAAGUGGUCCUCUUUAAACUCCUAUUUGGGAUCGACGCAGCCCUCACUAAGUCUCCGGUUAUCUUUUGUGGUCUGCCAGAUGGCCGUCUGUGUUUCAUACCUCAGCGAGUCCCUGGAUGUCAGCUCAGAGUCCUGCACAGCCUGGAGCAGCCGGUUGUGUUUGUCGGGGUGUCUGCAGAAUGUCUGGUGGCUGUGGGGGAGCAAGGCAGAGUGGUGCUGAUCACAUCCCAGCAAGGACGACCAGAAGAAGGAGGCUUUAGAGCUGCUUUUACUCAAGUGUGUGUCCCUGGGCCUGUGGUGUGUGCCUGCUUGGAUGGACAGUCCCUUUACUACAGCACUGGGUCAGACAUGCUGGUGCUGGAUUUACCACUGGGAUCCACUGAAGGAUCAAAGCCAUUCAAAGGGGAGGCGAGAUCCAGUAAUAAUCAAGUUGGUUCCCUUCAGAACCCCACCAGUUUAAAUGUGUGUCGGGUCAGCACCUUGGUGCAACAUGAAAGCGACAAUGCAGACAAAGCUCAGCUGCUGGGGCUGUCGUUUAGGGGACAGCUCCAGAGGAUUAGUUUACCUGUGAGGGCACAGGGCGCAGCAUCGUCCAAUCUUCCUUCACUACAUGUUGGCCGCAGCAUCAGAGAUGUCCUGGCGGCUAUAGGAGACAUUUAUGAAAGAUCAUCAGUGCUAAAAGCUGCAAUCAAAUCUAAGAACCAAACCAUGCUGCAACUGAAUCAGGUGCUCAACAUCAGCUUCUUAUUGAACGGCGGAGCAGAUUGCCAGGAGAAACCCAUUCGUUGUCACGCCACCACAAGUUGGAGUACGAUGCUUCAGAAAGACUCCCUGAACUUGAAGUGCAUCCUGGAAAAUGGAAGUUGUUAUGAUCUUGAGCAAGGAUGGACUCUAAACAUCACUGUGUCGCCUUUGUGUCGUUCCCAAGGAGGCGAAGGCUGCUCCUCACACUUUUCAUUCCCAUUUCAUACUCUCCCACCGAGGGGGAAAGUGGACUUUUCCCUGCCGUUAGCUUCUGCAGGAGAGUCCUCUUACCCCAUUACCCUUUUUUGCUUGCUCACCUUCCCCUUCUCGGUUCUCCUCAGAGAAGAAGCAGUGUCAGGCCUGCCUGAUGGCGGUCUUAUCAGUUUACCAUUGAACACGUUGACUGUGGAUUGGUUGCACGCCUUGCAGGUGAAGAGUCCUGCAGACACUGUGUCUCAACAUUGCAACAUUGACACCAUUCAAGCUUUUCUGAAAUCACGCCUAAGUGAAGAAGGAGGAGGAGAUGCGGGCAACGUGCAGCACUCAGCAAGCAUCAAGGUGUCAUCAGAGUUACUAAGGGACACGUUGAUGCUGAGACCACCCUCAAAUGUGGGUUUGUCCCUGCUGCAAUGGAUCCUGUGGGAACGACACAAAGGGGUAAAGGUGCAUGGAGACAAGGUGGUCCUCAACAACUCUGUGGUCUGUGCUCGAGCCCCAAAUGGACAUAUCAUAAAACUGACAGCAAAAGAGGAGAGCGCGGGGACAGAGGAGGAGUCUCUGGCAAUUGUGGAGAUUCGAGUUGAGAGCUCCUCAAUGGCAGCUUUGUGUGGAAUGCAUCAUGCCGUCCUGCACAGAAUACAGAGUUUGUUGCAGAGAGCCCCUGAAAAGUCUUCCACUGUCCAGAUGCAGAGUUUGUGCGUGAGACAAGCACUACUGCGGGCGGAGACACUGUUGCAGCAGGUCCAGCAAAGUCGAAUCUCGAGCAGCUUCAGUGGGGGCGUGUCCACAGCCCAGGUGACAUCAUCUCUUCUCAGUGUUUAUCAAGAACUCAGAGACAAUCCUCUAUUUAUUAUUUGAUAUCCAUGCAAGCACAGCUAACUUUUACAUGUACAAGAAUGUGAGGCAUGACUUUUCGUGCGACGUGAAAAUAACACUUCUUUUUCUUCAUUAUGUCACCUAUUAUUUUUCAUUUUAUGUUGACUUUGUACACAAAGUAUGUAUACAGAAUAUUAUUAGUGAGACUAUUUUUAUUAGAAUUAAGAAAAAAUAUAAACCAAGUUAUAUUUAUACUACAACUGUCAAAAUCACUGUGUUGAUGUAGAUUAAUUAUGCAUUAGUAUACAAAUAACAUUUUUAACACAAUUAUGUAUAUUAAAAAUUAAUAAUAAUCAAAA